GUCGUGGCAGUAGAGCAAACUGCUGCAGAAGCGCGCACAGACCGCAGACUCAUCAGAUAACAGCGCCUCGUUUUUUCUCGUCUUUAUCUCAUCAGAGUUUUACGUAAAGCGUGAUCUUCUUCUUCUUCUUUUCCAUUUCACUGUUUAAAUUGUGAAACAGCUCGUGGGUGUUUGGCCGGGACACAGAGCAGCCACGGAGAUGUGAGCACCAGCGUCCCGGGACGUCAUCGAGGUCAGCAGUCAUCAGCUGUGGACUGUUACAUGAGAUCACUCCUGUGCCGCCUUUGUGCAUCUGCGGCUCUCGGGCACACUCGCUUUCAUUUAUAACUAUGAACAUUAAGAUAUGCGCACUUGUUGUAAUUUGCGCCUGAUCUACUUUAAUAGCGCGUUCUGUUUUAUUUAUUUGCAAAAACCUGUUUUAAAAACCUUAUUGCGCUUCAAAGUUGCUCUCGAGGAGUUCUCGAUGGUGUUUGUUUUUAUGCGAGAAUCCACUAUUUAAAAGCGUGACACUCUUCGCAGUUUUUGCACGUCUCGUUCACGCGGAAUUCGUAACCGGAGUCUUCAGUAAUCAUGCAGCGCGAACGCCUGCUCAAAGUUUUGGUGAUCGGCGACCUGGGAGUUGGCAAAACGUCCAUCAUAAAGCGCUACGUCCACCAGGUGUUCUCCCAGCAUUACCGGGCCACCAUCGGAGUGGACUUCGCACUCAAAGUGCUCAACUGGGACCAUAAAACAGUGGUGAGGCUGCAGCUGUGGGACAUCGCCGGGCAGGAACGAUAUGGCAACAUGACCCGUGUGUACUACAGAGAGGCCGUGGGUGCGCUCGUCGUCUUCGACAUGACCCGGCUGUCCACGUUUCAGGCCAUCCUUAAAUGGAAAGGAGACCUGGACUCAAAGGUUGCCCUCAGCAAUGGGAGGCCAGUUCCAGCUGUUCUGUUGGCCAACAAAUGUGACCAGCGGCGUCAUGGUUUGUGCCCCAAGCUGCCCAAACUGGAGAACUUCUCCAAAGAGUACGGAUUUGUCGACUGGUAUGAAACCUCUGCCAAGGACAACACCAACAUCGACGCUGCCAUCACAUGCUUGGUGAAAAGCAUCAUGUCUGUGGAAGAGGAGAGAGCGUUGGAUGAAGCCACCAGUGGCGCCUGUAAGGGCGAUCCAGAUGGCAGCGUUCUUGUUCUGCCUCGCUUUGACUACAACACAAAGGAGAAGGGACUCGGUGGAUGUUCGGGGUGCCUGUCAAUUAAACCGAAACAAGACCAGGACUGAAGGACUGUCUGAACCAAAAGACUGCAGGGACAUGCAGA